AUGGGCGGCAUGGGUGGCGGUGGCAUGGGCGGCAUGGUGGCGGUGGCAAGCGGUGGCAUUGGUGGCAUGGGUGGCAUCGGUGGCUUCGGAGCUACCAUGGGCGGCAUGGGUCCCGUGGGUGGCUUUGGAGCUACCAUGGAGACCAUGGGAGGCAUGGGUGGCUUCGGAGCACCUCCGGGCGGCAUGGGAGGCAUGAGUUUUGCGUCUCUCAGGGGAGGCAUGGGAGCACCUUUGGGCGGCAUGGGCGUAAUGUCUUCCGGUGUGCCUCACACACCUUCGCAUGAUGCCGUUGAAGAUCUUUCCAACACCUUCCGAGCUUGA